CAUGUAGCCAGGAGAGUCGUUUGUGUUUAGGGGAUCCAUUUUAACUUAUUCCUAAGGCAGAUUGGUAGUAUGUACAGCUGUCUUUGUGAUUUCCUACUUUGAUGUUUUAGAAUUUGAACUUUGUAGCUACACAUUCACAAUGUGUUAGCUGUUUAAUUGAAGGUAAUCAGAAUUGCUAGCUAGCUAACUUAUCACGUUAACCGUUAGCUAACUAGCCUAGCUAGGUUAUUUGUUUGUUUUUUUUUGUUUUUAUCAAAUCUUGCUAGUUAAGUAGAUAGGCGUAUGACAUGAAAUUUGCAGGUUUUUUUUUUUAAAAAAUUAGGUUAGCUAGCUAAGUUUCAACAGUAUAAUAACAACUACUAGAGGUAGAUUCAAUUCUCACUAGACAAAACACCAAGGCUUCUAGCGUUAUCUAACAAAUCUACCUGUGAAGCAAUAUGGUCAAGAGAUAUAGCUAGAAUAGCUAACUUCGCUAGGCCUGGAAGUUGACACUUGACAGUCGGGUGUCAUCAUGAACUCCAGUAGUGCUGUUUUCACGAGACAGAAUCCCUUUCCUCCAGAAUCUCACGUGGCCAGAGUCCAUUACAAUCCGUCUCGAGCAAAGAUUUCCAAGCCACAGAAAAAGCUGGCACUGAGCCCUGUCAGGUUCUCUAGCCUGACAAGUCCUUCUGAUGCUCCUCCUCAAAAUACAUCUCUGAGCCCUGAGGACCAGAAUUUUCUUGAAGGGUCACACCGUGUUGUUUUCACUCCUCCAUCUUUAAAAGAGGGCAAAACCUGUUCUGAGUACUGGCCCUCUGUUGACCUGGGUCCUUCGGUGCCUGUUGGCAGCUCCCCAGAGUCUCAGGCGUCACGAUCACAACUACCUAUAAACAUGCCGAUCAAUGGAAUUCAGGAGCCUUCAGUUCUGUCAAAGUACAUUGAGCGUUUCCGUUAUGGGAGGCCACAAAGCCGGGAGGAAAGGCAGAGGUCAACAGCAGAUGGAGUAGAUGGCCAGACAUUUUGGUGGAUGUCCUCAUCACCUCCAUCUAGCUCCACUCCCACCCAGCCAUCUGUGGAAUGCCUUAGGGGAACAUUGGACAGGAUUGAUGACACUGGCAGCAUUCACAGCCCAGUUGGACUUCCUCGGUCCUGCACUUUGCUCUCCCCGACCAGAGGCCUGUUUGAUCUGAGUGCCUUAUCUGAGUCUUCUCACUGUGAGCCAGGAGAGUCCGAAGCCCUGCAGCUGCAGGAGCGAGCACGCAGGCUUCUGCAGAAGAGUGAGCAGUCCAUAAGCUGUGGAUCUAGUGCAGUACCCAUCAGCUCUGUGGGUCUGGGCUGCUCUGAUUUCUCUUCCCCUGUAACUGUUGAUGAGCCUAUCCGACGGCCCAUAACACCUGGAUUUAUGGACUCGGCCAAUCUGCUGACAGUGCUCAAGCCAUCUGAAGGAAGUCCCCUUUCUGCUCAGCCUGCUCUAGGGACUGAGGAGCAAUGCUAUCGCCCUGAGGGUGACAUUUUGUUUCAGUGGCGUCUGAGGAGGAAGAUGGAGCAGGCCAGAGAGUGGAGUCAGACCCCCUCCUAUAGUUCACUUCUUCACAAGCCCUUACUGAGCAGACUGCCAGAGCAAAAGACACAGCUGAGCCCUGUGUUUGCUGAUCUGACCCAAAGAGCAAGCCUGUCUUUCACAGCUUCACCCAAAGAGGCGUCUUGCCCCCUGAGCACCCCAGUUACCCAAGAACCAGCACUCCACGUCUCCAACGCUGCUGUCCCUAAGCAAAGCCCUGAGUCCUGCAAGCAGACCUACCAUGAUUCUGUCACGUACAGUCACUCAGUUCCCCAGACCACUAAGGAAAGGGUCACUUGGCAUCCACAGGCCCACUGCACUGUCCCACGACCCCACACAAGAGGACAGAACAACUCCUUGGAGAGUUCAGCAGAGCCUCGCAGCAAGCACCAGUCGCCCUGCUCACCACUGCUCCAGCACUCUCAGAGCACAGAAGGGAAGGAAUAUGGGCUUCAACAUACAGGAGGGGUGGAGAGCACAGGUGUGGCACAGGUGAAAAGGGGCAGGAGAAAGACUGCACCAUCCAUCCAAAAGAAAAAAAUACAUGUUGGGGUUCAAGGUGGAAUUCAGAGCAGCUGUCACAAUGCCAAGGCCGGCCACAAGUGUGAAGGGGUCAGCCGUAAGACCAAAGAACCCAACCGCAAGAAUGAGCGCCACAGUAGAUGUCAAAGGUCAACAGAAGAUGUUUGUUCAAGAGAUCUUGCUCUGCCCCCCUCACCAAUAAGCAACACACUAGGACAGGUUGUGUCUGAGGUGCUGUUUCCUGGCCCUGAUUCCCCAGCCCAGGCUAGGACCUCCUGUCCCUCAUACACUCCCAGAUAUAGCUCCCCAACAUCUCCACAGUCUCCUACCUUGCCCCCUCAAAGCAUACCGCAGCCAUGCGAUGUCAUAGGUGAGCUCAUGCAGGAAGCACAAGACUCAGAUGGGUUGGAAUUUGAAGAUGAUCCCUUACUUUUAGUUCUCCGACAGCAGAGAAAAUGGGUGAAAGAGCAAAUUUGUGAGGUUGACGAGAUGCUGGAUGAACUCCAUGAAGAUUGACAUAUACUGUGAACUCAAGUAAGACAAGUGCACUUAAACAAUCAUGUGUAUCCUUACAAAUCAGUAGUUGUAGGUUGUAUGUAUUUUUUAUCUGCAAAAUUUGUGAAUGCAAUUACAUUGUAAAUAAAAAUUGUAAAU